UAGCGGGUAGAGCAGCGGAAGGAUACAGGCUUACAGUCGGCUUACAGUCUAUAAAUACCGCUCCGCUGCUCCUCUUCAUAUAUCCAAACACUUUCCGAACCCAGAUAGAGCCGAGUGGCCAACGCUGGUGACACAAUUUGCUUUGUCAAGAUGCAGAUCUUUGUGAAGACCCUGACUGGUAAAACAAUCACCCUGGAGGUGGAGCCCAGCGACACCAUUGAGAAUGUGAAAGCAAAGAUCCAGGACAAAGAAGGCAUCCCCCCUGACCAGCAGAGGCUGAUCUUUGCUGGUAAGCAGCUGGAAGAUGGUCGCACCCUCUCUGACUACAACAUCCAGAAAGAGUCCACCCUCCACCUGGUGCUGCGUCUGAGAGGAGGCAUGCAGAUCUUUGUGAAGACCCUCACUGGCAAGACCAUCACCCUGGAGGUGGAGCCCAGUGACACCAUUGAGAAUGUCAAGGCCAAAAUCCAGGAUAAAGAGGGCAUCCCUCCUGACCAGCAGAGGCUGAUCUUUGCUGGAAAACAGCUAGAAGAUGGCCGCACCCUGUCUGACUACAACAUCCAGAAGGAGUCCACCCUCCACCUGGUGCUGCGUCUGAGGGGAGGUAUGCAGAUCUUUGUGAAGACCCUCACUGGCAAGACCAUCACCCUGGAGGUGGAACCCAGCGACACCAUCGAGAAUGUGAAAGCAAAGAUCCAGGAUAAAGAGGGCAUCCCUCCUGACCAGCAGAGGCUGAUCUUUGCUGGUAAGCAGCUGGAAGAUGGUCGCACCCUCUCCGACUACAACAUCCAGAAAGAGUCCACCCUCCACCUGGUGCUGCGUCUCCGUGGAGGAAACUAAGCAACUUCGGCUUCUCAGUGUGACCACCAUUUAACCCAGAGCUUACAGCCCGUCACCCAUUCCUUUAAUUUUUUUUUUUUUUUUUUUUUUUUUUAAGCAAUUCAAUAAAGUUGAGCAUUGCUGAAUUUUACUUCCAGUGUACUUCCCUUUGAAUUUUUGCUGCUUUUGCUGAUAUUUGUGUUCAGUAACAGAAAACACACAAACAUGUUGUAGAUAUAUGUUUGUGCUUAAAGUGCUAAAAGUUCUGUCAGUUUUUUUUUUUUUUAAUUUUAAAAACAUCAGUCUGUUGAGGCCUGAAAUUCUUUGUUUUUAUUAUGAUGAAAGCUGAGCAAGGAAGUGUUGCUGUUGCAGGUGUUAAAAGCAAAUAAAAUGGCUUCUCACUGUCA